UUUGUAAUACAAUUAACUGAAAUAAUUAGCUACGCUUUUCAGAUGAAAAAUUGUGAAAAAUAAUAUUACGGCAAUAUGUCUGACAAUGAAUAUGAGCGGUUCGAAAUAACCGAUUACGAUCUGGACAAUGAAUUCAAUCCUGGACGUCGACGAAAUCUUUCAAAAAAUCAACAAAUUUAUGGAAUUUGGGCAGAUGACAGUGACAAUGAUAGCGGUGAAGAGUCGAGCAACCGGCGAGGCCGUCGAGGUCGUGCUGGACUUGGCGGCAGCAGUGGUAACAAGUCAAAAGAUUACACAGCACCGGUAAGUUUUGUUGCCGGUGGCAUACAACAGGCAGGCAAAAAAGAUAAGAAAGCUGAAAAAGACCAAGCCGACCAAGAAAUAACCGAUGAAGAAAGUGACGAAGCCGAUGCACGUCCUUCCUUCGGACGCAAACAAGUAACUGCCGAUGAUGGCGGAAGCAGUGACUCAGCGAGCAGUUCUGAUGAGGAGCGAACUCAAAAACAGCGUGCUGACGUUGGUAGACAGCAGCGUAAUAAGAAUUCUCAACAAAUGGGCAAUCCAAAUGUUGGCGCUUGGGAGCAGCACACACGUGGUAUUGGUGCAAAAUUACUGCUGCAGAUGGGCUAUAAGCCUGGCAAAGGUUUGGGUAAAGAUCUGCAAGGUAUAUCACAGCCCGUGCAGGCACAUGUGCGUAAAGGUCGCGGUGCUAUUGGUGCUUAUGGACCCGAAGCGGCAGCCAGUGUGGGUGGCAAAGGACCUCUAGUAAAAGAAGAUGAAGAUGUGCGAGAGGCGAGAGAGUUCAAAGAAAAGUUAAAUAAAUGGAAAAAGGGUGGUGACACGAAUCAAGCCAAAGGCAAGCGCUAUUACUAUCGUUCGGUGGAGGAAGUGAUUGAAAAGGGCAAAAAAGGAAAUUUUAUGUUGUCCGAAAAGAUAAGCAAAAAGAUUGGAAAUGUGCCCGUUAUUGACAUGACUGGUCCAGAGAAGCGUGUGCUUAGUGGUUAUCACGCUUUAGGUCAAAGCAAAGUCGCCGAAGAAGAUCUCUAUGACUUAGAGCAGGCUGUUGCAUCCAGCAGCCUUUCCACUAAGAAAGGUGCCACAUUUGCACUGCCCGAAUUGUUGCAUAAUUUGCAACUGAUUGUGAAUCUCUGUGAGCAAGACAUUAUUUCGCUAGAUAAGACCGAGCGGGAAGCUACUGACCGUCAAGCAGCACUGGAACAUGAACGUAAGAACCUGGAAGAAAUUGUACACCUUGAAAAGAAUCACAUCGACACCUUGGAGCAAGCACUGAAGCUGGUAGAUGAACUGACUACAAGCAACGACAUGACACUACAACGUGCUGAGCAAAUAUUUGUGACACUGCAGCAAGACUAUGCUGCUGAAUAUCAAGAGUUUGCUUUAGGUGACUUAGCCGCUGGUAUUAUUGCGCCACUUGUUAAGAUAUCUUUGGAAAAUUGGAAGCCACUUGAACAGCCAACACAACAUGUUGACCUCAUUAAGAAAUGGCGUGGCGUACUGGAAUCAAAUGUGGAUGUACAAAAUGAGUCACGCAACGUAUUCGAUCCUUACUCGUCGCUUGUAUGGGCUGGCGUUAUACCAAGCUUUCGUGCAUGCGCUGCUUCCUGGAAUCCAAAACUACAUCAACCUAUGGCGGCUUUGCUCGACUGCUGGGCGCCACUCUUUCCCACAUGGAUACUAGACUCUGUGCUCGAGCAAUUAGUUCUACCACAACUCAGCAACGGCGUACGGGAUUGGGACCCACUAACAGAUACAGUGCCCAUACACAUAUGGAUAUUGCCAUGGAACAAUAUACUCGGACAUAAAAUGGAGGAAUUUAUCUUCCCAACUAUACGUGAAAAACUAGCUACAGCUUUACUGGCGUGGAUGCCGCAAGAUCGAUCUGCACGCGCAAUGCUUACACCGUGGAAGGGUGCAUUUGAUGAUAUUGAAAUGCAACGCUUCCUCUCGCAACACAUCAUACCAAAACUACAAAUGGUGCUCAAUGAAUUCAUUAUAAAUCCAUUACAUCAACAACUUGAGUUGUGGAAUCAAGUAUGGGAAUGGCAUGAGCUCGUGCCCACCCAGCAAAUGGCACAACUGUUGGAUAAAUAUUUCUUUCCCAAAUGGAUGCAAGUUUUGGUGCUGUGGCUCAAUCAAUCACCAGACUAUGCAGAGAUCUCUCGUUGGUAUACCGGUUGGAAGAGUAUGUUAACUGAGGAUAUAUUGCGUGAACCUACCGUGAAGGAGCAUUUGCGUCGUGCGCUCGAAAUGAUGCAUCGCGCUACAGAUGUGCUGGCAGCACCUGGUUUGGCGUCCAUACCAACACCUAUGAUGACGGCAACGCCACCACCACCACCGCCGCCCACAGUUGUGGAUAUACAAAUGGCGGCGCCGGCUCAAUUGGAAUUCAAAGAGUUGGUCUCCCAGAAAUGCGCCGAACGAGGUAUACUCUUCGCUCCAAUGCCGGGACGUCGGGAGUUGGGCAAGCAGGUUUACCGCGUCGGAAAACUUUACUGUUACAUUGAUCGAAAUGUCUGCAUGUUAAGCGAUAGCAGCAUGAAAAACUGGCUGCCCACUUCCGUACAGCAGCUGUUGGACCACGCUACAAUUGGUUAGGCAUAAAUUAAGACCCUAAUUUAUUUAUAAAUUGUAUUAAUUUAAAUAAAUUUUUCUUAACUGAACCAAA